GCGCUCGGUGCCUGGCAUCCAGUGUAAUUUCCUCCUUCAUAACGACCACUGCCAUCCGCGCCAUUAGCAUCUUUACUGCAGCCCGGGCAACACUUGCUGUGCGAGUCGCUUCGGGGUCUUAUUAUGCAGGGAAUGGGGAAGACAGAGCGAGGGGAGCCGGGCCGAGACAUCGACCUGACAUCGCUGAGGUCCACCAUGCCGGCUGGCGGCCCGCUGCAGGGCGGUUCCAACCUGAACAUGAACCUGUACGCCACCAAGAAGUCGGCAGCUGAGGGCAUGUUGGACAUCGCUCUGUUCCUGGCCAACAUCACACACAUGAAGACGGUCAUCGAACAGGGAGCUGGAUACAGGUACUACGCUGCUGUUCUGACGCUCAUCUCCUUCUCCCUGGCUCUUCAGAUUGUGGCUGGAAUCCUGAUCAUCGUCAUCGGACGCCGGGACCUGAAUAACUCUGCUCUCCAGAAGCGUCUGGACUACCUGAACAACAUGACCACCAUCAUAGUCUUCAUCACCUCAGUCCUCAACUUCUUCAUCAGUACCUUCGGCAUGCAGCGCACUGGACACUUCCCAUGGCUCAUGAGGCGCUUUCGCUGACCCACACACACACACCUACACUUCUGCUGACUAAUACACCUACACACUGACACACUUACAAGAACUCAUAAUAUACAAACAUGCAUAGAGAGCACCUUUUGCUUUAACUCUUUUUUUAAUUUAAAAAUAUUCUCCAUAUAUUUUUGUCAAAACUGCAAUUUCUUAGAUGUUUAUACAUCUACUCAAUAAAAUUGUGUGUAAUUCACUAAAGUAGACACAACAAAACACAUCUAUGCAACGACUAUUGUUGAUCUUCAGCAUAAGAUGGUCUGCAUUUGUGAAUGGAGUCAAAAGUUGUAUCUAAAAUAGAAUAAAAUAAAUACAGAAUAAAUAAUAAAGCUGUUAUAUCUAAAUCAGCAUUCGUUAGGAUUAGGCAAACAAAUUAGAUCAAUAUUGUGUUAAGUAAGAUAAAUGAUAUUGAGACUGUCUCUGGCAGUCAUAAUUGUACAUCAUGCAAUGCCGAUUUUUAACCAGAGGGUGACACUGUUGUCUAUGAAGUAUCCUCGUAUGUUUUUGAUCGAGCCAGGAGGAAACAACAAAUACUGGGCACAAGCAUCAUGAAAAAUAAAUUCCAUUCCGCCACUUUAAAAAGCCACUGUAAUAUUAAAAUUUAACAUUUGUCUCGUAACUUACAUCUUUGAGCGAAAAUUUGCAGUUUACAUCACUCAACAUCAAUUUUUUCACUCAUCUUAUCACUAAUCUGGUUAAUUUGCUAUUUCUUUGAGUUUUAAGUGUAAAAUGUGAGCAGAUGAUAUAUAGAUGUGUGUGUGUGUGCCGAGCGUUGGAUAUGGUACUUACAUAAAUAAAUACAAUAUUUUAAAUGCUGAGGUUUAAUUUUAAAUGCUGAAACACCCUCAAAUCACUCUUGGCCAACAUUUAUCUGAUUACAGAUUUUAAAACCAAGUGAUUGAUCUGUAUUGUGCAACUGAUAUGUGUAUAUGUGUUACUAUCCUUAAUAAA